UCAGAACUCACUCCUGCAUGCAAAUCGUAGCAAAAAAUAAAAUAUUUAGUGGCGAGUUCUCAUUUCCCCCAUUGCCAGGCGGAAGAGGAGGUGAUCGGCAAUGUCAGAGGGCGGCAGGAAGCAGAAGACGGCGUGCGUGACCGGAGGUAACGGGUACAUCGCCUCGGUGCUCAUCAAGAUGCUGCUCGAGAAUGGCUACGCCGUGAAGACGACGGUCAGGAACCCCGAUGACAUGGCCAAGAAUUCCCACCUCAAGGACAUGCAGGCGGUCGGCCCCCUGACAGUCCUCCGCGCCGACCUGCUAGAAGAAGGCAGCUUCGACGAGGCCGUCGCCGGCUGCGACUACGCCUUCCUCAUCGCCGCUCCGGUGAACCUCCAUUCGAAGAAUCCUGAGAAAGAACUGAUCGAGCCUGCUGUCCGAGGAAUCCUGAACGUCAUGAGGUCGUGUGCCAAGGCAGGGACAGUGAAGCGCGUGAUUCUGACCUCGUCGGCGGCUGCAGUCGCCGGCAGGCCGUUGCAAGGCGGCGGCCACGUUCUGGACGAGGAGUCCUGGACCGACGUCGAGUACCUCACUGCCAAAAAGUCCAGUCACUGGGGGUACGGGGUCUCCAAGGUGCUCGCGGAGAAGGAGGCGUGCAGGUUUGCGAAGGAGCACGGCAUCAACUUCGUCAGCGUCUGCCCCGUCCUCACCGUCGGCGCAGCACCUGCCACAAAGAUGGACACGAGCCUCCACGCUAGCCUCUCCUGCUUUGCAGGCGACGAAGCAGCGUUCCGGGUGCUGAGAGGAAUCGAGAUGGCCACGGGCUGCAUGCCGCUGGUUCACGCCGCUGACCUGUGCCGUGCGCAGAUGUUCGUCGCCGAGGAGGACGCGGCCGCCGGGAGGUACAUCUGCUGCAGCGUCAACACCACCAUCGUCGAGCUCGCCCAUUUCCUGGCGGACAAGUACCCGCAGUACACCGUGAAGACACAUCUGCUCUCCUCCGGGGUCCUUGAAAAGCCGAGAGUGAGCCUGUCGUCGGCGAGGCUGCUCGGCGAAGGGUUCAAGUUCAAGUACGAGACGCUGGACGAGAUCUACGACGACGUGGUGGCGCAGGGCAAGGCCCUGGGGGUUCUGCCCAACUGAUACUUUCUUUGCAUUGCAAAGCGAUCGAGAGCACCAAAUUAAAUAGCAAUGAAGUUGGGAAACAAAUAAAUUUGUUGUAUCUCUAUCCAUACGGUAGCUGAACUGUAGAGGUUCAGUCAGUUUGUGUAAAAGUGGGAUCUGUGCGUUUGUGUACUCCUGCAAUAUCUAUAUCUAUAUUUACAUAUAUAUACUUUUUUGUCUUAUUAA